AUGCCUGAGAUCACGACCCUCCUCUUCGACUGCGACAACACGCUGGUCCUCUCCGAGGAGCUGGCCUUUGAGGCCUGCGCCGACCUGAUCAACCAGAUCUGCAAGGAGCGCGGUAUUACCGUGUCCUUCACCGGCGACACGCUGAUCAAGGAGUUUGUCGGCCAAAACUUCCGCGGCAUGCUCACCACGCUGCAGAAGCAGUAUGGCAUCGACAUCGUCCCCGACGACAUGGAAAAGUACGUGCGCAUGGAGGAGGACGCCGUCAUCGCCAAGCUCAAGGCCGCCGCCAAGCCCUGCGUCGGCGUCGACGAGCAGCUCGAGCGCCUCGCUGCCGAGCGCAAGUACCUGCUGGCCGUCGUUUCCUCGUCGGCCCUCCGCCGUGUCCGCGCCUCCAUCGAAAAGGUCGGCCAGGACAAGUACUUCCAGGGCGACGUUGUCUUCUCCGCCGCCACCAGCCUUGAGAAGCCCACCAGCAAGCCCGACCCCGCCAUCUACCUGCACGCCCUCAAGACGCUCGGCAAAAAGGCCGAGGAGAGCGUCGCCAUCGAGGACAGCAAGAGCGGCACCCUGAGCGGCACCCGCGCCGGCAUCAAGGUCAUCGGCUACGUCGGCCCCUACCCCGCCGACAAGCAGCCCGAGAUGGAAAAGGUGCUGCGCGACGCCGGCGCCGUCAUCGUCAUGCGCGACUGGUCCGAGUUCCCGGCCGCGCUGGCCAAGGUGCAGGCAGGGGAGGUUUGA